AUGUCCAGGCGUUCGCGUGCGGACUCGCCGCACCACCAAACAUACAGCAAUCGAGGCGGCCCUGAACAGCACACGGGUUCCCUUGUGGCGGUUAGUUCUGCACCAAGUUCCCCCCGCGGGGACGCAACGCCUUUGGCGCCUGGACGCCUUGGCGAUGACUGUUUUGUGCGUUUGGAUGCCUUGGACCCCGCAGGGGAAGUUGAGCGAACCAUGGUGACCUCCCCGACAUGCACUGCGCACAGUUUGCAUCUGGGUUGCUUUGCCCAGCUCCGGUCACAAGCAUCUGGCCCAUCGGACCUGCUCUGUCCACUGUGCCGCCAUAGCAGGUGCCGCCAGUGUAGCGCUGAUGGUUGGACUGACCGGCAAAACGCAGCACUGCGCGAGGCAUGCAACCGCCAUGGCAUCGGCAUCCCAACACCUGUGGCAAUCCGGCAUGGCGCAGGCAUAGCAGCUUGGAGGCCCAGUUGGAUGUGCGUAGCAUGCGCGCAGUCCGAGGACCUCCCGGACCUCGACGUGCCUCCUGAAACGGGUGGGGAGUGUGAGCGCUGUGGCGGGCGUACCGAGUGGGUACUUGAUCGCAGCAAUGGCCACAGUUGGCUGCAAUGUCCCGGUCAUUGCGCGCGGGUUGAGCCGCCAACCUCGGCAGCGAACGGCGCCCCGGCUGUGACACGCGAGUUUGCGCCGUCCGAGGCUGCACCUGUGUCUGCAGCAAGAGGAUCUGAAAUACUUGCUGCGGCGGUAUCACACCAAGCCGCAGGUGCGGCUGGCGAGGCCGCAGAGGGUGCUCCGUGGCUCGCGCGAGGCCCGCCACCAGGGCCGGUACGGGCUGCCACCAACUCCUGGCUGUACGUGCCACUGCUCCAUGCCGCAGCUGGGGACCUGGCACCGGCGGCUGUUGCUUCGUGGCAGGCGGAGCAGCGAUGUAGUGGAUGGUGGGAGGAGGCGCGGCGUUUGCUCCUGGUUGCCGCGCCCAUUGCCAGGAACAAGCUCGCCACGGCCCUCCGCCAAAGCGCUGGGGCUUCGCCCAUAGACCUUCGCCAGCUGCCGGGAACUGCUACGCCGCUGCGCGAGCGUGACGGAUACAUCCACGCGCUUGCCCAAUCGGCCCUGCUCGAGUGCUGUGCGGGCCUGCGUGUGGCAGCCAGCUUGGAUCGUCGCUCCGACGAUUUUCGCCAGGCGCCUGCAUCGGCCCUCCCCCAGCACGCAUGCCCGCCAACACGACGUCUCACAGUCACGUCUGAUGACAGGGAUGUCGAGCCGCCCAGCCUUCCGGCUCAACCACCAGCAGGCGCCGACGGGAGCCGUGAUGAGGCCGUUGCUGCCAAAGUCAAUGAGGCGGGGGCGCAGCCGAACCGCGAACUCCCGGGCCGCAGCCCCACAACCGCAGCUGCAGAUGCUGCAGAGGGAGUUGCGCCGCGUGCCGACGCAAUCGACAAUGGGGAACAGGAAGAAUCCCCUGUGCCACACACACAGGCACCCGGAAAUUCGUUCCCGCCGGCUGCUUGGGCUUGGCUGGAUGAUAUCAACCUUCAUCACAAGUUCCAAGUGCGGCUCCCAAUGCUGCAGUCUGUCCCCAGCUUCCUGACGCCUGGCGUGAGGCGCGCGUUCCUUGCCGCCCCCACUGCCAUCGCUGAUGCUGCUUGCGCGCGUGGAAGUUGUUCCUGCUGCUGCCGCGGCUCCUUCUCACGCGAAGCGCUGAGCCGUCGAGUCGCUGACCGGCAAGGGCGUCCACAACUCGAACGGCUCGGCGACACCAGCGAGGCCCGUGCGGCCCGCGCGUGCACGCUCGUGAGGCGGGGUGAACUUUCCCGGGUACGCCAAGUGUUGACGGCCGCCGCCUUCGCGCCAGGCGACGCAACCACAUUGCAGGCGCUCACAGACCCAGAUCGCCGACCAACGGCCAGAUUGCGUGACGUUCCCAAUGAGGUGCUUUCGUAUAGCCCAGACGAAGCUGUUGCCGUGACGGUUGGCCAGGUCGCAGAAGCCUUGCGCAGUUCCAAGCGAGGGAGUGCCGCAGGCCUUUCCGGCGCCACGUUUGAAAUCUACAAACUCCUCCUGGAUGAACAGGUCGCCAUUGACCUCCUUGAACCGGCGCCGUCAACCGCCUCGCGCGGGCGGACGUUCCGCACGAGGUAG